ACAAAACACAAAACAUUUGGCAAUGUAUUGAAAAUAUGGCGAAAAUAUAAUUAAUUUAAACAACAAUUAAUUCAAUUCAUGAAUACAUCACUCAUUGUGUGUGUUAUCAGUGAAUGCAUUGUUUGUGUCACGAGUGUCACCACUCAGUGAUGACCACCUCUCCAGACAAUUGAUCCCAAUUUCGGUCAUUUACUUGUGUUGAAACACUUUUAGCUCACGAAUUGAUUGAUUGAUCGGUGAAUGAGUUGUUAUGGUCUGAGAUGUCACUGAAUGAGAUCAGUCUGGAGAAGAAGUUGGCGGUUGUGACCAAUUCUCAGGACAGUAUCCAAGGUCUCUCACUUUGGAUCCUUCACCACAAGACUCACUACAAGAGGAUUAUUCACAUUUGGUUUAAUUGCUUCCAUAAAGCCAAAUCAAGCCAUCGAUUGACACUCUUUUAUUUGGCAAACGAUGUCAUACAACACGCCAAACGCAAAGGUUUCCCACAAUUCGUGGAUCACUUCGCAGAUUAUCUCAAGAAAGCCACCGCUCUUUGCAUAGAGGAUAAAAUCAGUGCAUCCAUUGAUCGCGUGUUCAACAUAUGGCUCGAGAGGAAUAUCUACAGCGAAGAGCUUAUCGAAGAGCUGAGGGGUUUGUUGUCGGGAAAGAGCGUGCAUUUGGCCGCUGUGUCGAAAAUUGUGGCCGAAUUCAAACUCUCGGAACUGAUCGACAAGAUUAAGAAGACCAAG